CCUCAGUGACGCAGAGCCCAGGCUCCAAGAUGUCAGACUGGCCGCUGAGGCUUCACAUGAGGAAUGUUCCUGGUCAUAGGAACCACAGCUGAAAUCUCGAUCAUUUCAGCCCAGAAUAGGAUGCAGCUCUGAAUCUGCUGCUUCUUCUCAUUUGAAGAGAAAGAAAAGGAGCUUAUACCAAACCCUGACCUGCCUGCAAUGGCUGUCCUUCAGCGUGCAAUUCUUUUAUUCCUGCUGCACUGUCUGCUUCACAACACUGCAUGCGCAUGCAACAUCACCUGCACUGCAGACUUCAUCUCCUCCUUAAAUUGUUCCUGUUCCGAAAAGGCACUCACAUCUUCGUACACAGUCACAGCAGCUUGCUGGAAUGAAGGAGAAAAUGUGAACAGCAGCUGUGAGAUGACGCCCUCUCAGCACUGGUGCACGACUGAACCGGACUUUGAUUUAAUUGUUUCUGUUGAUGCGAACUGCUCCGCAAGCGUGACCAAAUUCAACAGCAAAGGGUUGCCAGAAUCCAGCAGCUCAGUACAUUUCAGGAUGUUUGAAAGAAUAAAACCUGAAGCCCCGUAUGAUCUUCACUUGGAAGAGAAUGAUGGGGGUUACAAUAUCUCCUGGACAACGGCCUAUGAGGAUGAAGACACAUACUUGCAUAAACACCUAAUUUACCGAGUACGAAUAAGAACAACAGAUCAGCCUUUUGAGGAACGAACUUACUCUAUUGAUGAGGACAGGAGUUACCUGGAAAUUCCCUACGAACUCUUGAGGCAUGGGAUUGAGUACGAGGUGGAUGUCCAGGCAACUGUAAGCCCCAUCUAUACAGAGGCAUUCUGGAGUGAAUGGAGCUCCCCCAUGAAAUGGAAGGCCAACAGUAACGAAAGGAACCUCUACCUUUACGUAGUGCCUUUCCUGUCAGUGCUGCCCUGUUUGCUCUUAAUUUACUUGGGAAGAAUAGGAUGGCUGAAAUGGCUACACUUGUACCAUUACAUUCCGAGUCCCGAAGAGUUUUUCAAGCCUCUAUACCACAUACACCACGGAGAUUUUCAGCGUUGGGUGGGCCCCACUUUUACCCUCAGUGAGCCUGACACCUUAGAGAGGACCAUCGUGCUGCAGGUGGUAAAAGAGAAGCAGCAGGCACCUCCGGAGAAGCUCUUGGAGGGAGGCGACGAGGACACCAGCCAGCGAGGCAGUGAAGACAGACAGGACCCAGGGAGUGGCCGGGCCUCACAAAGUUCCAGCAAACACCUUCUUCCAGGAAGCAGCAGCCAAGCCUCAACUCACAUGACUGGCCGUAUCUCCAUCCACACAGUAACUGUGUCUGGAGAGGAGAACACUGGCUCGGUGUGCCCAGAGGCAUACAGGGGAAGCAUCUGCACCUACCUAGGAGACCAUGCAGAAGUGAGCUUAAGCCAUCCAGGCAGGGCUGUCAUGCACAGGGAGAGGUUUCUCCCAGGACCCAGGAGUGAUGAAGACGAGCCCAUAGAGGAACAGGCCGGGGCAUUUGGACCUUAUCGCCUGAACUGGCAGUUAGCUGAAGGCGAUCAGGAGCUAGAGCGAUUGUCUCUGAACUCCUUCUCUUCCAAUGAGCGAUCCGACGACGGUUACCCACACCUCGAGCUGGAUUUGGACACCAUCGACAGUGGCUUCCAGGAUUCUGACUGCAAUAGCCCAGUGGACACUGAAAUAAACUUGAAGAGGCCAGUUUUGGGGGAGGCAGGGAAUCUUCACAGCAACUACAUCAGACAAUGGGUGACAUACAGCUCAGCUUCCGAUGCCACAAACUGAGGAUGUCUGUGGGGCAGUGACUGAGACUUUAACUGAGCUGGAAAUGAGCUAACAGUGGACUGAGAGAAUGGCCGAAAUGGUCACAGUUAUGGAAGGAAAACUAUAUAAUAUAUAUAUAUAGCUGUCCUUUGAGUGUAACAUUAAUGUGGAAAAAUUGAGAUUAAAGAGGGUGAGCUGUAAAUGGAGGUAAAGAAACUAAUUAGCAACUCAAAAGUUUGGCAUAUUUAUGUUUUGAGAAGCGCUGGUGACUUCUUGUGGCUGGAUUUAUAGAUGCUGUUUCUAUUGUACAAAAGUAAUUUUUCCAGUGGUUUAGCACAAUUAAUCUGUCAGAAGCUGACCAUCACUUCCUGGUGUAGUGCUUGUGAUAAUCGGGCUCUUUUGCAUGAAUGUUCAUCAAUCAGUCCACUAUAAUUCCAGUAUUUUGUCAAGCAAACCUUAAAAUUAUCUUAUUUAAUCCCUAGCCAAAGACACCACCAAGUGUGAACAGGGGGUAUUUACAUUUGGCGUGAGGAAAACACAGUGCCAGAAGGGACUGGACCGAUUAGUACCAGAAAUUGCGAUCGAUGUGACAAACUGAGUAACAAAUUUCCAUCGUCAUACCUAUCAAAACACAGAACAAUAUGCGCCAAAACACAGGACAUAGUGUGCCAAAGCACAGGACAUAUUGCGCCAAAACACAGGACAUAGUGCGCCAAAACACAGGACAUAGUACGCCAAAGCACAGGACAUAGUGCGCCAAAACACAGGACGUAGUGCGCCAAAACACAGGACGUAGUGCGCCAAAACACAGGACAUAGUGCGCCAAAACACAGGACAUAGUGCGCCAAAGCACAGGACAUAGUGCCCCAAAACACAGGACGUAGUACGCCAAAGCACAGGACGUAGUGCGCCAAAGCACAGGACGUAGUGCGCCAAAACUCAGGACGUAGUGCGCCAAAACACAGGACAAAGUGUGCCAAAGCACAGGGAGCAUAAGAAGUCAGUUUGAAAACAUUUCUGUGUGGCUUUACUGUGCAGCAAACACAAUAAAUCUGUGUUUUAUGAGGA